AUGAUAGCUCCUGCUCUAGUGGAGGAUACUAUUUUAAUUGAUAGAAACACUUCCCUCGUCGAGCUGCCCAAUAACGACAAUUCGCUGCCAAUUUUAAACGGUGUAAUGGAGCUGUUGCAGCGGAAUCGAGCUUGGGUGAAAUUGGCGAUUGAUCGCGCUUACAAGGCUGCCAAGCAACCGACCGAAGCCCCUACCAGGGAAUCUCUUAUGUAUAGGCUUGAAAAAUUGGAAGCUACCUAUAAGGACUUUAUGAGUAUGAGUCAAGAAUUGGAGGAUGACGCAAUUGAUCGUUUAGCAAUACAGCAAGCAUCAUUUUUGGAAACAUUUGCGGCUAGCCGUAGUGAGCAAAACGUUCACCUAACGAAAAUUCAGUUACCUAAGUUCAACGGGAAAUACGAGGACUGGAUUACUUUUCGCGACUUGUUUCUUAGCGCAGUGGGAACAAAGUCAGGGUUGAGCCGUACGCAAAAAUUUCAAUAUUUGGUUUCAUAUCUAGAAGGCGAUACCUUAGCCAGCAUAAAACAUAUCCGUGUGACCGAAGACAAUUAUGAGCAGGCAUGGGACCGCUUAGUCAAAAGGUACGACCGCAAACCGCUCAUAAUUAGAUCACUGGUGCAAUCGUUUUUGGCUCUUCCCACCCUCUCUUCAACUAACACAUCGGUACUUCGCCAAAUAGUUGCUGGAGCAGAUCAAGCCAUCAGAGGUCUGGACGCGUUGAAUGUCACAUCCCGCGACCCAUGGCUAACUCAACUCUUGCUUAAUAAAUUAGACGAAGAAACGCGGAAAAAGUGGGCAGACAAAUGCGAUAACCAGAGCGAAAAAGGGUUCAGCGAGUUUCUCGAGUUUCUUUCUCAUCGCUGUGACACAUUUGAGGCGUGUUUACCUCCCCGCUCAGCCCACACACGUCGCGUCGCUUUGUUGGCAAAUGUUGAUGACAGGAAGAACAAACAAUGCGUCGUUUGCACGGACAAUCACACGCUUUGGCAAUGCGCUCAAUUCAAACAGUUAUCACCGUCGUCACGUCGGGCAGCUGUACAAAAACAAAAGCUAUGUUUUAAUUGCCUUGCCUCUACGCAUUCCGUGCGCUCUUGUCAAUCGAAGCAUAGCUGUAAAAAAUGUAGCUCACGCCACCAUACACUUCUGCAUGAUGAACGGUCUGCCCUCACACCCUCUUCUACUUCUUUUCCUUCAUCAGCACAAAAUAGUUGGGAUCAAGAUGAGCAAGUACCUGCUGUCACUGCGCAGCGUAUGCACACGCCAACCCUAAAGCAAGCAGCGGCCAGCACUUUAAGCUCCGUUACUGCUGUUAUGCCUCACACGUUCCUCCCAACGGUGGUGGCCGCAGUCGAUGACAAAUGGGGAAAUCGGGUAAGCUGUCGAAUAUUGCUGGACUCUGGAUCAACCAUAUCAUUUGUGUCAGAAGCCUUUGUACAACGUGUCGGUCUAUCACGUACAAACGGUCGUAUAUCAGUUUCUGGUCUAUCAGCCUGCAAUGCCGGAGUAACGCGAGGUCGGGUGUACUUCACUUUAAGCUCCAAAUUGAACGACUCGACACUAGAUAUACACGCUUAUAUUCUCAGCAAGUUAACAUCGCAAAUUCCUGUUCAGACCGUGAAUAUUUCUUCAUCAUCGUGGCGAUCAAUUGUGAAACUACCACUCGCUGACCCUACAUUCGCUGAAUCAGCACCAAUUGAUGUAUUGAUUGGCUCCGAUCAGUUGUGGAGCAUUUACACUGGCGAGCAAAAACAGUUCGGGCCUAACAUGCCGAUUUUGCUGAAUAGCGUGUUUGGUUGGGUGGUAGCUGGAACGCAUUUUACCGAAAGCGAAGCUAACUUAACUGCUGCAACUCAUCAUGCUACCGUUAACAUUGAUGCGCUGUUUCGGUCAUUUAUGGAAGUCGAGGAUGUCAAACCUACACCAGAAAAGAUCAAUAUGGCAGAUCCAGCAGAGGCCCAUUUUGUUCGUACUCACACGCGUCGUACUGACGGUACCUACGUAGUCAAAUAUCCCUUCAAGGAAAAGGCACCGGCAAUUUCAUCAACUCUUUCGUAA